AUGUCUUCGAUAUCUGGAUUCUGGACGGACCUCGGUUUCAACAAUGAAGUUCUUAAAGACUCGUGUCCUGAUAAUGAAGAAACUGUUAAACGGCAAGAAGCAUCACUUCUAAAAGUUUAUCGUUCAAGAACAAAAAACAAGCGUACUGCCUAUGAUAUUAUUAAAGAUCUGGGAGCAACCGAGUUUCUGAAGAUUGCAUCAACUCUUCACCUUGACAGCAUUCUUAAGAAUCCAAAUGCAAAUGUUACUGUUUUUGUCCCGAGCAAUGAUGCCAUGCUGGUAAUUUCUCCAAGUAUGUGUUCAAACUUAACAAGUAUGAAUAUGAUAAUGCGUUUCCACCUUGCAAAAGGAUUAAUACACAGUUCUGAUAUUAGAGAGAAUGGAAUGCUGGUCACACUUGCCAAAUGGGGUCAGGCUACUGCCAAAUAUCAUCUGAACAUUAAAACUAAUAUCUACAAAAGUAAUCAUUCCAAAAUAAUUUCUGUGAGCGGAGCUAAAAUUAUGAAACCAAAUCAUGAUGGCAACGGUACAGUCGUGCAUUUAGUGAACAAAGCUCUUUAUCCGUUACCCAUUACCACUGCCUAUUACACAAUAUUUAAUUAUGGAAACUUCAGCAUUCUGAAGACCUUCAUUGCGAAAUCAUAUACUUUACUUCGUGUCUUGUCUGAUUUGGAUCGUUUCCUUACUUUUUUGGCUCCAACUGAUCAAGCCUUCAAGAAACUACCAGCAGAUACUUUUAAAAAACUCGAAAAUGAUGUUCAACUUUUAACCAAGGUUUUUGUUAACCACAUUGCUUCAAAGAUGUACUAUACAGUGGGCAUUACUGCAAAUUUCACUGCCAAGGGUGUAUCUGGCAAUAAGAUAUUAUUAAAAAAGAUACAGAACAAAUUCAAUGUAACGGUGAACAACGUCACUGGUCAGCUCAGUUUUCCUGACAUUUCCACGAUGAAUGGUGUCAUUCAUGGUAUUGAUACUGUUUUGUACAAUUCAAAUCCAAAGUCUGCUAUUGAUAUUAUUGGUUGA